AUGCUACCACAAACAGCCUUUUUGUUGACAAUGUACUUGAACUUGGUUCAUGGAGGGUUUCAUGGUGAUCAAUACCAAACAACUACAGGCAUAAAAGGUCCACUGCCCAAUACCAGGACACAGUUCUUCAUUCCCUAUGCCAUAAAGAGUAAAGGUAUAUCAGUAAGAAGAGAGCCAGGUGUUCCUGGUCCACCUGGCCCCACUGGACCUCGAGGGUUCCCAGGUCCAACUGGACCACCGGGAAAACCAGGUCAUGGAAGUCCAGGACCCCAGGGAGAGCCAGGGAUUCCAGGGCCACCAGGACAUUCGACUACUGGGAAACCAGGUUCACCAGGACUACCUGGAAAACAAGGGGAGAGAGGACCACAUGGACCUAAAGGAGAUACUGGAUCUGCUGGCUUACCAGGUCCACGGGGUCCACCAGGAUUGCCGGGAAUCCCUGGACCCACUGGAAUUUCCACUCCAGGAAAGCCUGGACAACAAGGACCUAUAGGACCCCCUGGACCUAGGGGCUUUCCUGGGGAAACAGGAGUGCCAGGAGCCCCUGGCACAAAUGGCCGAAAAGGAGACAAGGGAUACGGAGCUCCUGGCCGAAUGGGAGAGAGGGGCCUUCCUGGCCCUCAGGGUCCCAUGGGACCUCCUGGACCUCCGGGAGUGGGGAAAAGAGGUGGAAAUGGGCUUCCUGGACAGCCAGGCAGCAAAGGUAGUCAAGGCUUCCCAGGAGAGAGGGGACCACCUGGCCCACCAGGCCCUCAAGGCCCUCCUGGGGGACGGGGACCAGAAGGCACUGGAAAACCAGGAGCCGCUGGAACCCCAGGACAGCCUGGGGUUCCAGGAACAAAGGGUAACCCUGGGGCUCCUGGAAUUGCUGGCCCCCCAGGGCCCCCGGGCUUUGGGAAACCAGGCUUACCAGGCAUAAAGGGACAAAGAGGACCUGCUGGCCUGCCAGGAAGCCCAGGUGCCAAAGGGGAACAAGGCCCAAUAGGUCAUCCUGGGGAGACAGGUCUGAAAGGUCCCCCUGGAAAUAUAGGCCCCCAGGGUCCAAAAGGCAUUCCAGGGAACCAUGGGAUGCCAGGGCCAAAAGGUGAGCCAGGGCCUGCUGGGCCUGCAGGACGCCCUGGGGCCAAGGGAGAAAAGGGAUCCUCUGGGUUAAAUGGAAAACCAGGGUCUACAGGACAAACAGGUGUCAGUGGUUCUAAGGGUGACCCAGGGUUACCAGGCCCAAAAGGCGAAACUGGAGUUAGAGGACCUCCUGGUUUGCCAGGUCCCAUGGGCCCACCAGGAAUUAAAGGAGUGCCAGGAUCCAAUGGUGAGGAUGGUCAAAGAGGUGCCCCUGGAAUACCAGGCACCAGAGGACCCACUGGGCCACCAGGUAUUCCAGGAUCUCCUGGAACUAAAGGCGAUACAGGAGCUCCAGGUCCUCCUGGCCCAGUUGGCAUAGCAACAAAGGGCCUCAAUGGACCCACUGGGCCACCAGGGCCUCCAGGUCCCAGAGGUCAUACUGGAGACCCAGGGCUCCCAGGGCCACCAGGCCCUCCAGGCCCUCCAGCCCAGUUAGGCCAGUCAGCCCAGUCAGGCUUUACAAAGACAAAGACGAGUGGAAGGCCUAGUCUUUCCGGGAUGCCUCUUGGCAGUGCUCAUCAGGGCAUAACAGGCAUGCCUAUAUCAGCUUUCACUGUUAUUCUUGAUGAAGCUCACCCAAUAAGAGGGACUCCCAUUCCCUUUGAUAAGAUUAUGUACAACAAGCAACAGGAUUAUAACCCAAGAACAGGGAUUUUCACCUGCAGGAUACCAGGUAUAUAUUAUUUCUCCUACCAUGUGCAUGUGAAAGGGUCCCAACUGUGGGUGAGUCUGUAUAAGAACAAUAACCCAGUGAUGUAUUCCUACAUUCAAUACACAAAAGGCUACCUGGAUCAGUCUUCGGGUAGCACCAUACUGGAGCUUAGGGAAAAUGACCAGGUGUGGCUCCAGAUGCCCCACAUUGCCCCUAAAAGCCUGCACUCCUCCAAAUAUGCUGACUCCUCCUUCUCAGGAUUUCUAGUGGCACCAAUGUGA